ACCGCUGGACUGACCGCCACUUGGGCAGCUGGCAGCCCUACGAGCCCUGUCGCCUUGGGUUCUGGGUACGCGGAAGCGGGAGAGGGCACUAAGUUUUGGCCUACGUGUAAUUCAACGUCAACCCUUUCGGGGAGUCGAUGUAGGUACAAUGUGGGCAAGCAGACCGCGCGAGCGAGUCAAGAAGCGUGGUGUUUGGUGGUUGAGGGCCGCAGAAGCUUGUAGGUGGGUUGGGAGUGCGUUCCUGUCGUGGCCACCGUCCAAAGCGACUUCUCCAUCAGCGGCUGUGAAAACCUCUUCCGCGGCUUCACCUCCUUCGUCAACCGUUGCAUCGAUGAAAACACGUACCGGUCCCUACAACGCUGAAGCCAACCAUCCUACUCUUUCCCUUCGUCAUUUGAUCCGCUCCGAGGAACCUUUGCCGACUGCAAACAGUGAUUUGAAGACACUAAUGCAGGGCUUGGCGGAGCGUUCUCCGUCUCGACCGACUUCCACUCCGCUUCAUUACUUCCAUCUCUUGUUAGAUGCCAUGACUGCCACGUGCAUUAAUCGUUCUGUCAACAGCUUCCACGAAUUAUCCCGAUGUUGCACAGGAAGCCAAGCGCAUUGUUGUACCUCGAGGUCGUUGAUGGCAUACUGAGAUCUCCGCACGAGCAAUCUGGGAUCUUCAUCGGGAGUCCUGCGGU